AUGACCAGCCAGUACAAACUGGUGGCGUCGGCCGACCACCACACUUUAACGCCAGUCACUGUCCAUGAUUCACGGUCGCGUUAUUCACGCACAUUUUGGGCUGCACUACUCGCAGUAGUCUCCUUGACCAACAUAUGCGUUCUCUUCUUUUCCAUCCAUCUGUGGCGUGCCGCAAGGACCAUGGCGAUGGAGACACCCGAUUCUGGAGUCGCUACCCUCAAUGUGACGGCUGCGUCUGUCGGCACCGAUGACCGACCAGCUGGAGUUGCAAGGGCAGAAAAUCUGCCUACAGCCUAUGUGCCAUUUCAUUGGAAAACGCCAUGGGGUGCACCGAAUGCCACUUGGGCAGAUACGCUAUGGGACAAUAUCAACACUGCGCAUGGACACAUUGCUGUGGACCAUGAGUGGGCAGCUGCAAACAAUGCCAACCCGGGAAGGGAUUAUACCUCCUGCAAGCUUACCAUCAACUUCACUCGAAUUGUGAGAUCAACCAUGCUUGCCUUGCAUCGCAAGACAGAGCUCAAGUAUCCAAUCUUUCAUGCACUUCACUGCUAUGACGCCUUACGUCAGCAUAUCAUGUGCCAUGCGGAUGAUACUCCGCUAUAUGGCAUUGGUGAUGGCAUGUCUGGAAAUGGACAGAUUCAUCAGUGCAAAGAUUGGAGCGCACUAAGGAAGUAUGCGACAGCUAAUACAGCUUGUUUUCGGGAUGGGGAGCCAGGUAUGAGUCUCGAGGACCGCUUUGGAGUGUGCGAUGAUGGGACGGAUGGUUUAGAAUUGUAUGCUCCUGGUGAUGUAAUCAUGGUACCCAGGCCCCCGGCACCUUCCUGCUCAUUAAGUUCAAGAGCGCAAGUAUUGAUGGCCAUAGCACCGUCCCCCGAUACCUUGGGCCUCGUGCUUGAUAGUGCUCACUCUCACCUGAAUCUGACGAUCGGAGAAUAUCGCUGCCAAAUAUUUGUCCAAGCGGAACGCCGGUGCUUUGCGGAAGCCUCCUUUCAGUUGGGAGCAGGUGCAAUGACGAUGGUCCACGAGGGAUGCCCACGAUCUUUCACUAUCCUGGCUCGGGGUACCCCGCCGCUUGCCCAUCUUGGAAUGGCGAUCAGUCAGUUCCUAAUCAAGAACCCCUGUGAAGAUCGAAACGUGCACUCCCGUUCCAAGCAAGUGUCGGCCAUCAAGGGAGACAGUGACUCGACACAGCACGGACUGUAG